AUGGCAACAAGAGGAAAGUUUGCUCGGGUCUGUGUCGAGAUGGAUCUCAAUAAACCUCUAAAACCCAAAUUCAUGUUAGAGGGUAUGGUCUAUAACAUUGAAUAUGAAUCUUUGCAUUCUUUCUGUUUUCUUUAUGGAAAAAUUGACCAUCGAAAGGAGGCAUGUCGAUUCAAAACCCCCAGUGCUGCGCCGGUGGGGGAAAAUAUAGCUAUUUCCAUUAUCGAAAAGUCUGAACCCCAAUCUGUGAUAGGUAACGGUCACCUGUAUCAACAGCGUGAGGAAGAUGAAGCUUUUGGCCCAUGGAUGUUAGUCCUCGUUACUGUCUAUGCCAGUCUAAAUCCUACUAUGAGGGAGACCCUGUGGGAUGAACUGGAAGAGGUGGCAAAAACCAUGUCUAGACCAUGGUUGGUAGUUGGGGAUUUCAAUGACUAUGCAAGUCAGGGAGAAAGACGAUGCUUCUCACCAAACACAACCACUGCCAGAACCCAAAAGUUUUUAAAAAGGAUCAAUAACUGUAAUUUAAUUGAUUUGGGUAGCUCAGGACCCAAAAUGACAUGGACUAAUAAUCGUCAAGGUUUGGCUAAUACUGUGGAGAGACUUAACAGAGCCUUGAGCAACCCUGAAUGGAGAACAAUGUUUCCAGAAGCCACUGUGAGAGUCCUUCCUCGCACAUACUCAGACCACUCCCCCCUUCUAGUGUACACCCAAGGUAUGCACUCUCUUAAUCCCUCUCAGAGGCCUUUCAGAUUUGAGGCUGCCUGGAUGUCUCAUUCUGGCCUUAUUCAUAUCAUUAACUCUUCUUGGUGUGAUAUGCACAAUAACCUCCUUGAUUCUACUGCUGAAUUCACCCGUAAAGAGGAAACUCUUUGGUUUCAAAAAUCUAGGGCCAAACACAUCACUCUUGGUGACAGAAAUACCAAGUUUUUUCACAUUUCCACUAUUACCAAGAGAAGGAAAACCAAAAUCAAUGCACUUAAGGACACUGCUGGUACCUGGCUCACUAAGGCUAAUGAGAUUAACGCUGCCAUCCUUGACUAUUUCCAAAACCUUUUUAAUUGUGAAGAUGUUAUCCAACUAGACCACUGGAAUAAUUUAGCAUCAACAUACUUUACCCAUGAUGACAACUUUCGGUUCCUUAAACCCAUUUCCAAUGCUGAAAUCCUUAGGGCUGUCAAAGCCAUUGGUGCUUUUAAAGCACCAGGGAAAGAUGGCAUGCAGGCCAUCUUCUAUAAGACCUACUGGAAUUAUAUAGAUAAAUCAGUUUGUGAGUUUGUUAAAUCCUGUUUUCAUAACAAAACUGUGCCUCCUGAGGUAAAUGAAACCCUAAUAGUCUUAGUCCCUAAGGUUGAUAGUCCUGAAACUAUUACUCAAUUUCGUCCCAUUAGACUGUGUGAUGUUACUUACAAGAUUAUAACCAAGAUUAUUGUGGGAAGAAUUAGACCUCUUUUAGACACCAUUGUCUCUCCUAAUCAAAGUAGCUUUAUCCCUGGUAAAAACACUACGGAUAAUAUCAUUAUCACUCAAGAGAUCUUGCAUACUUUAAGGCAUAAGAAAGGCAAAAGUGGUGGCAUGAUUUUCAAAAUUGAUUUAGAAAAAGCUUACGAUAGACUUUCUUGGACCUUCAUCAAAGACACACUUCUGGAUUUCAAGCUUAAUGGUACUUGGGUUUAUCUGAUUAUGAGUUGUGUCACCAAUAAACAUUCUUCCAUCUUGUGGAAUGGUGAAAUCACUGAUGAGAUUCACAAUAGGAGAGGUCUUAGACAAGGAGACCCUCUUUCACCCUAUCUUUUUGUCCUUUGUAUGGAAAGAUUAUCCAACAUGAUCCAUUGUAAGGUUCAUGAGGGUUCUUGGAAGGGCAUCAAGGCUUCUAAAAAUAGCCCAUCCCUAUCCCACUUGUUCUUUGCUGACGAUUUUAUUCUUUUUGCUCAAGCUAACUCACCUAAUUGUGAAACCAUCAUGGAUACCCUCUCUGAGCUCUGUGAUGUGUCUACUCAGAAAGUCAAUCUUCUUAAAUCCAAACUCUUUGUUUCCCCUAAUGUUCCUAGAAACCUGGUCAGAGCUCUUACUUUUCAAAGUGGCAUUCCCCUCACUCAUAACCUUGGAAAAUAUCCUGGCUCCCCCCUACUCCAUCAGAGAGUCACUAGAAACCUGUUCACUAAAAUCCUGGGCAAAAUGAAAGCAGACUCUCAGGUUGGAAAGCUAGAACCCUUAGCUUAG